AGAAUACAUAAAAGAUAAAAAAAAGAUGACGGUAUCAGUUUUCAGCUCUUCCAAAUUUUCCACAAUCAUGAAAGUGGUAGUGAUGGUGGCAGUGGUCUUGGUGGUUACGGUGGUGGAUGGACAGAGCUGCAAUACGCACUUGAGUGGACUGAAUGUGUGUGGUGAGUUUGUGGUUCCAGGAGCAGACACGACGAACCCGAGUGCCGAGUGUUGCAAUGCUCUUGAGGCAGUACCGAGCGACUGCAUUUGCAACACAUUUCGCAUUGCCUCUAGGCUUCCCACGCGCUGCAACAUCCCUACACUUUCAUGCAACUGA